GAGCUGCCAUCUAUGAUGAUAGAAGAAGAAACCCGUCGCUGUUGCUUCUUCCAUGGAUACAAGGGACGCCGGCGUGGUCGCUAUGCUUUAAGCGGGCAGAGACCGGAAAACCCAUGAAGCGUUUUAUCAAUCGUUAAUUUACCUCACUGUUUGUGAAAUUGUUGCGGAUCGUGUGUAAGUUAGAUCCAUAGCUUAGCCAAAUGCUAGCUCACGUUGAGCCUACUGCGCAAGUUAUGCAUCGACGUAUAUGACGUCAUAGCAGGUUUAACAAUGUGGAAACGAGGGGGUCAAAGCUCGGCUCUGGACCGAGCUCAAGCACUGCUGUCCGCCAGGAGGAGCAGCGGGGGGGAAGUUGAGUCUUUCCAGGGGUCCUCAGCAAAAGCAGGUACUGUGGGUGGAUCUCUGAAAACCAAACAUUCAAGCACAAACCCUUUGUUGUCUAGUCUGAGCGACGUGUCCUCGGUCAGCUCAGCGGCUGAGCAUGGAGGGGACACCAUGCUGGGCUCUGCAACUCCUGCCGCCAACAGCCAGGCCAGAGAACGCCUUUCAACCGAGGAUCUCGGAGGAGGGAGCAGGUUCUUAAAGAAGGCUCCACCAACUGCCACCAAUAGCAGCCUGUCACCUGUCUGCAAGAGACAAACGCAGCAGGCGCCUGGACCCAGAAAUGUGCCAUCUUACCACCGGGGCUCCCAGGCUGCUGCUUUGAGUAGGUUGGCUCAGAUUGAGAGCCGCAUCCGCAGCUGCAAACAGGUUCAGGGAGAUGCCAGACAGGGGCCAAAACCUGGGGAGAAUCUAACCUCAGACAAAGAAAUCUCACCUGGGCCAGCCGCCCGGUCCCUGGAGGCCCCUGUGCAACUCUCAGCACAGUCCAGCAGUGACCAGAGCCUGAAGGGGAUACGUUUCCUCAGGAACAGGACUACAACUGUUAAUAACCCAGCAGAUAAGAUGGUGAACUCCUCGCCUCCUCCCUCGUCGUCCUUAAACACAGCACCACCGGGCUGCCCUGCCUCUCCUUCUCGCCACAGUUCUCCUUUUCAAACCCCGGGACAAGUUCCGGCCCUCUUCAGCCCCCCGGCGCUCUACCCACCCCCCUCUCUUCCCUGUGUCUCCCCAUCUCCUCCAGGGAGAGUGGACUCCCCUCACAGGGUGGGGGGUCCAGAGGGUUCCCUCUCCUCCUUCUCAGGCUGCGGGGAGGUGCUUUCUCUAGAUGAGCUCUUCUCGGUCGGGCCCGGCUCGGGAGAUCCCCAGAGUGAGAUGAGUGCCGUUACCUCUGAAGAAUUCAAGAUAAAUGUGAUGACAUUGGACGACCUUGGAUUUACUGAGAGCACGCCAGGAGAACGGAGAGAAGUCAAACACAGCGUCCCUCCUCCGGAUUCCCCCAACAGACGUCAAGAGCAGCAGCAGCAGAAGAAGAAGAAAGACGAGCAGCAGGAGCAGCAGGAGGAGCUGCAGGAGGAGCAGGAGGAGGAGCAGGAGCAGCAGGACCAGCAGGAGGAGGAGGAGCAGGAGGAGCAGGACGCGUGGCUCUACCAAAGUGACUUUGACAGUGAGAGCCGGACCGAACCGGAUUACAGCGUCAGCCAGGUUUCAGAGCACUUGCAAGGAGAUGGAGCUGGAGAGGAGUCUGACUUGGAGCAUUCCAACACGUCCCGUAGGAGGACAGAGGACGAUUCCUCGAGCACUGUCUCAGAUUACAGUCAACAUUUCAGCAAAAGUGAGGACUCAAGAUCCUGUGUGUCACAUGGCGGCCAAACAUCAUCCCGCCAGUCGAGGAGGCCUAAUUCAUCUAGAAAGGUUUCAAAAGUAACAGCAGCUCAGACUCGGCAUGAUCCUCUGGCUUCCACAUGGCCCGCUGGUGUGGCUGCUCCUGGUCCCACGGUGAGCAGGACUUACAUGGAUCCCACGCCAGCAGCUGCUUACACUCUCAGUGCAGAAAUGGUUGAGGCCCUCAGUACCUCCAACCCGGUUGUAUUUGCACUCAAUGAAAUGCUGAAACAGCAACUUGCCAUGACCAGGCGGCUCAUGGAAAGCAGGCAUCGCCUUCACUCCAGCUUGGUGCAGAGCCUGGGACCACCGAACUACAGAUACACCACGCUGGAGGACACCAAGGAGAACAUUCGCAAACAGAGACGUCCCAAAAUGAAAAUGGAGGAAGCCUUAGAAGAGGUGCUGCAGGAGAUGAGAGACUACCGUCCCGUCUGAGCUCUGGUGCUGAAUGGACUCCUGAGCAGCACCCAUGGAUUUGUUCAUGUCCUUUUUUAGGAAUAAUUAAAUAAUGCUUUCCUAACAUGGAAGAAUUGGGAUAUUUGUAUAAAGGGAUUUGAACAAAAGCUCCCUCAUUUACAAUGCUAUCAGACAACCUUCUCCACAGGAUAUGCAGCACCGGUCAAAGGUUUGGACACACUUUCUCAUUGAAUGAGUAAACGUGUACAAAACUUUCAUUGGUACUGUAUUUAAAAAAAAAAAACAGGUUGCCAAUAUUAUUAACAUCAGUUUACUUCGGCCUGUUUCUCCAAACUGGGUCUUGUUAGCUGGAUUCUACUUUAAACUUACUGACAUAAUCAUACACCAACUGACAUAAUCAUACACCAAUUCUUUAACUACAGAUGUUAGUGUUGAGGAUUGAAUAUAAUCAUGCAUGCUCACGCUAGAUGGCAAUUACAUG